AUGGAAAAACUAAACGACAUAGCAAAAGAGUUCCGCAGCUCGCUCAAAACCAUCCACAAAGACGAGUUCGAGGGUAUCAGCAUCGGAGACAUGCAGAGGGAAAUCCACGAGAAGCAGGCAAUGCGUGACAAGACAAACAACAUGAUAAACAUGAACCGACUUCGCAUGUUCAUCCGCGGCAUGGAAAGUUUGGAGAAAGUUCUGUGUCAGCUCGAAUUCCCCGACACAAGCAGUGUCAUGUCGAUCAUAUGGGGCUCGGUCAGAUUCCUGUUCAAGACGACUGAUGCUGUUGACAGGGCUCUUGACGGCGUCCUUGAAGUGUAUGAGCGACUUGGAGCGGAACUCAUAGAUUUGACCGAACAUGAACAACUCUUCAGUCAAUUCCCAGACACCAUCAAAUGCUUAGUAAACAUCUUUGGAGAUAUUCAGCGAUUCCAUCUAUUGGCAUACAACCUAUUCUCUCUUAAUCCACAGCUAUGGCAACGUCUUCAAAAGCCUGUAUGGGAAGAUUCCUCUCGAAGAUUCAAGAAGUUAACCGAGUCUUUAAACAACACCGCCAAAUUCAUCAAGAAUCAAAGUAGCUAUUCACAACGAGCAGAGUACAGCGACACACACGCUGCCUUUCAGCGGUACUUCCACGGCGCAAAGUCCGACUGGGCAGAUUUUGAGAAGGAAGAAAGCGACCGAAAACACGAGCAGAAGAAUUCAGUCAUCACCUGGAUCUCUGCUUCUGGUAAGAUGGAAAGGCUCCAGAAGAAAUUCCGCAGCAUGGCUAUUUGUCCCAACAGUGGUCGCUGGCUGUUUCGAAAUCACAGUACUAUUGCGAAGUGGAUGAGUGAAGAAAACACUCCCGACUCAGCAAUCUGGUUACACGGAAACUUUGGUUAUGGGAAAACAGUUUUGGCGUCUCUCAUUGUUGAUGAGCUCAAGCCUGCUGAAGGCGAGGAGACUAGAUUCUCCCUUCCGGAGGAUAGCAAGACAUGCUUUUUUUACUGUGAAAAAGACGACAACGAACACAGAAGUCACCUUGAUAUCCUCAAAGGAAUACUGCUACAAAUGGUAGAGUCAGAGGACUAUAUCCUUCCACUCUGCAAUCAAGAAAGAAUGACAAGCGGGGGCGUCAACCUCAUGGACGCACGGGUAGCGCAAAAGCUCAUCAAGACAUACAUCGAAUACUGUCCACGGCAAUACAUCGUUAUAGACGGGUUAGAUGAAUGUGAGAGUACAGAGAUCCACCAAACGGCCAAAUUCUUCAAGGAACUUGUGUCGAAAUACGACACAUCGAUCAGACUUGGUCACCUAAGGGUGAUGUUCAUCGGCAGAGAGACUUCAGAUACAAGACGACAUAUCCCCGGAGACAAUUGUGUCAGUAUUGCGUUAAAGCCAGAGGAUAACCAAGAUGAUAUCCAGGCUUUUGUAGUGAAGAGACUCCCAGACUUUUUCAAGUCAGAUAAUGUUCGGGGAUUCAGUCUUUCUGAAGCAGAUAAAACGGACAUUGAGAGGAAGAUCUGUCGUCAAAGUGAAGAUUCCUUCCUUUACGCCCACCUUGCCAUCGAAUACCUGUUGCAGCAAGACACCAAAGGUGAAAUACUAGGACUUUUAAGAGGCGGCGUUCUACCAGCUAAGCUUGGAGACUUAUACGAGAGUCUACUCGAUUCAGUCAAGAAGCGACUUGAAGCACUAGAAAACGGCCAGGCCAAAUGGCAGAGAACAAUGCUGUUGUUCGGCUGGCUUGUCUGCGCAAAGAGACCCCUCAGAUGGCAUGAAAUGCAGGCCAUCCUAUCCUUUGACCAGGUAGAAUUCAAGUUCGACCUUGAGGAUAAGAUGCUGAGGCAGGAUAUGGAGAACUACCUUGGCUCUAUUGUCCAUGUUUUGGAUGGUGGAUACAUUCGACUUGUUCACUCGACUGCACGAAUGCAUAUCAUCCAAAAUAAGCACAUCAAAGAAAUGCAUGUUCAGUGCCAACUAGCAACAACAUGCCUCCGAUAUCUAUCACUUCCUUCCUUUGCGAAAGGCUACGAAUCAACCGAAAGAAGCAAACACGCAAAACUCGGCUGGUUCUCAUUUCAGGACUAUGCGUGCUCCCAAUGGCUCUGGCACGUCGACACUGUCCUCCGAGAAUGCAGCGACCUCUUCACCAGCAACUCUCACUGUGAGGCAGCCCAGGAUUUUGUUUCUGCUCUGGUUCGGUUCGUCAAUACGCACCGAGGGGAUUUGUCUGAUACUGAACACGCUGAGCUUGAUACGAGCAAUCUAGAAAGCUUUCGUGGCAUACAGUCUUACUACGACAUCCGUUUGUUGUGGAAUCACAUUUUCACUCACCAGAACGGUGACUAUGGAGCUCGAAACAAGAUCGGUAUCGCCCAGAUCGAAACGGCUCUACAAGAUAACAGGACAGAGCUUGAAAGAUACACGCCGAGCGAUGUGGUAGGCGAUGAAGACACCAUCGAAGUUUACUACGGUCUCAACCUGUACAAGUGCUAUCGAACACUCUGUCGUUUCUUCUACGUCGGCUACGAAGAGAAGAGCGCCCGAGAAAGCCACGAGAAACGACACGACAGACCAUUUCAAUGUCCAGUCUCAUGCAGCUCAGCACCUUUGGGGUUCAUGAGCAACAAGGACAGAGACCGUCAUAUCAACAUCUACCACCCGACCUUGAGCGAAGCAGGCACACAUUUCGAAGUGUUGAGCCGCCGGCAAGCUCCGGGGAAUUUUAUGUGUACCAUUUGUCAGAAGAGCUUCACGAGGAACAUUAACUUGAGGAGUCAUGAGAGAAGCCAUUUUGGGGAUAGGCCGAGACAUGAGAAGAUACACGCGAGGAGAGGUUAUUAA